UAUGACCAAACAGAAUUUGCUACCAAAUUCGGAUUUGAAAAAUGUUGAAUUUUCUAUUAAACUAUUUCAUAAAACAUAUGUAGUAAUUCUCUGUGAUAAGCUAAUUUAGAUUUGAUAAUUAAUUUACUUAGAGUUAGUGGGUGUUAAAAUUCUGAUUAUAUUCAAUUUGUAUUUGACGGUUAAUUUGUGUAGAAGGUAACAACAAUCAAAAAUCCGAAACUUUUGUUGUUUAGAUUUUCUCCCCCAUCUAUUUCGAUAUAUAAAAAUAAAUUUAGAAAGAAAUAUGCCAAGAAGAAGAGGUCACCGCAGGGGUGGCCGAAGUGGGUCAUCUGGAACACGAGGUCGAGGUAGGGGCGGAAAUAUAGAAACUAUAGGGAUUGAUAUAUCUGAUGAAGAAGAUGGGUACGGUCAAAUGCCACAAGGAUAUAAUGCAGAAAAUUUAGUUCAAACAUCGAGAAGACGUAGAGGCACAGAAAGCCAAAUCACAUCAAAACUUGAGUCUAGCUUGUUAGUUCCUUUGCCAAGUUUAUUGCCCAAAGCACCAACACCAACAUCAGAUAGAGAUCAGAAAAGAAAGAGGAUAAUUUCGGGUAGAUCAUGCAAGCGAGGUCGUCUACAGGAAGAUGACGUUAUUUGUGUACUUUCGGACGAUUCUGAUCAGGAAGUAUCUGUGGAAAAAAUAAUUAAUAAACCUCUAAAUAGAACAAAAGAUGUCUCAGCUAGUGAUCAAAUAAUAUCAAUUCCUCCUGAAGCAGCUGCUGCAAAUUUCAAAGCAGUCUCUGUUCAAAAUAAAGAGGAAAUCGGGGAACAGACAGAAGAGGAGGAGAAAAUAGAAGUAAAUGAGAAGAAACCGGAAAAGCUUUCAGAAUUAAGUUUUCAGUUUGCAGAUGAUGACUUUUCGAAAUUUGAAGACGACGAUGAUAUUGAAUUUGAAAAUAUUUUUAUGAAAUCAUAUGACAAUAACGAAGAAAGAGAGAGCGAUGAAAAGAGCAUGGAAGAGAAAGAGUCUACAAAACCUAAACGAGUAUUUCUUAUGCCAGACACUUCGUCAUCAGAUGAAGAUGCCACUGAACACAAGGACGCGAUAAAUUGUGCCAAUGAUUUUAAGGAAAGAGAGAAACUAGAACAAGAAGUCGAUGCCGAACUCGACGAAGAAUUAAAUAAAAUUACACAAACUACUAGAAAGAAUCAGAAGCGAUUUCUUCGAAAAAAAGAUGAAAAUCUCAUUAAGAAAAUUGAAAGACAGGCUUUGCAAUAUAAUCUUGUUGAUCAGCUGACAGGCUUACCUACUGUAUUUAGUUCAAUAUCAAACCAAGAAGUAUUGGAAAUAGUCGAAAAUACGAAAUACGAUGAAUCAAAAGUAGUUGUCUUUACUGUAGUAUACUCAAAUCAGAAGAAGUUUAUGAAGUUGCAUAUUGACCAGCCGUUUGCAGCGUUGGUUCGGCAACUCUCUGUAUUGCUUAAAAUCCCCACUGUUCAAAUGAUUCUUUAUCAUAAUGCUGAACGAAUAGACAAUAACGAGACUACUCCCCUGUCAGCUGGUUUAACCGGUGGUGGAAUAUUAGAUCUCGACAUUUCUAAUACAUUUUCGGAUGAGGAUUACAUUCGCUUAAAGUUUAGACAUAAAUCGAAGACGAGUAAUCAUAGUGUUGACAUUGGUUAUAAAGUACCUUAUGAAAGUAAAUUGGAAAAAGUGAUGAAAGAAUUUGCUACAGCUCUAGAAGCGGAUAUUACUCAUUUAUCUUUUCGUUUCGAUGGCGAUGUUAUAAAAAGUACAUGUACCCCUAGUGAACUUGAUCUAGACGAUGACGAUGUUAUAGAUGUCAUAAAAUCAAAUAGCUAAUAUAAAAUAACUAUUAAAUGUAUAAAAUUCUAUAACUAUUUUUCAACUGUCUUUAUUCCACAG